AUGCGCAACACACUUAUCUUCGCUGGCAGUUCAUGCCCGAAGCUCACAGAUCAAAUAUGCACGAAUCUGGGAAUGGCUGCGGCUCCUGUCGAACUUACUCAGUUCGCAAAUGGAGAGACAAGCGUUAAGAUCAUGACUAGCAUUCGAGAGAAGGAUGUAUUCGUCGUUCAAUCGGGUAGUUCUAAGAUCAAUGACAGUAUCAUGGAGCUUCUAAUUAUGAUCUCUGCUUGUAAGGGAGGAUCAGCAAACAAAAUCACAGCUGUUCUGCCAUACUUCCCGUAUAGUAGACAGUCAAAGAAGAAAUCGCACCGAGGUGCUAUCACCGCUCGUAUGCUCGCAAAUCUUCUACAUGUUGCUGGAAUCAAUCAUGUUAUAACUGUCGACCUCCAUGCUUCACAAAUGCAAGGCUUUUUCAAAUGCCCAGUCGACAAUCUUCACGCAGAGCCAUUAAUAGCACGUUGGAUCCGACGCAAUGUGCCAGAGUGGAACGAGGCUGUAUGCGUUUCGAAGAAUGCUGGUGGCACGAAGAGAGUAACAUCUCUAGCAGACGCUCUGAAGCUCAAUUUCGGAAUGGUUACAACCGACAAGAGACGAACCCCUGCGAACAUGUCAAUGAGCAUGAUUAUAAACCGACUUGAAGAGUCUACCUGCGGAGAUUUGGAUUCAGACGUCAAUAAGCUACACAUUGGCGCAUCUCCAGCAGUAGAAGAGGAGACUGUAAAGGAACCCAAACAAAACGGAGGGGAAACAGAAUCUACCUCUACACUGUUAUCAAAUGGUGACUCGCCUCCACGACAGACAAGAGCACGACAAGACAGUCAUCCCUCUCCACAGUGCUUGCCUAACUUGGCCGCCAUCAGAACUGGACAUAAAAAUUCAGUUGGGGCACCUUCGCCUUUGACCAGGGCACACACUACCCCACCACCACGAUCUGCACCUGCCGAUGAAGCGAUAGAAGCACAAUAUACCGACGAACGUGCUCGAGAGGUCACUCAUGGCCGACUAGUUCAAGGUCACAUUGUUUCAGACGAUUAUCCUUCACCUACACAAUCCGCCAUGUCAUCUUCAUUAAUUCUAGAACGCCCUGAAGAUGACCCAAUCUCGCUUUCUAUGGCAUCUUCAAUCUUCAUGCCUGAGCCUCAUGCACUUGGUGGAACCGCUGAUGCUGCCGGUGAUGCAUCAGAUGAAGAAGAGGAAGGUUUCAAAGACCCAGCCCUUGAACAAAUGAUCACGUUGGUUGGAGACGUUCGGAACCGUACCGUCUUCAUCGUAGAUGAUAUGAUUGAUAAAGCUGGGAGCUGGAUUGCUGCGGCCGAAACCGUGGUCAAACGUGGUGGUGCCAAGAAGGUCUAUUGUAUUGCUACACACGGCCUUUUUGGAGGAAAUGCCCUAGAGGAACUUCAAAAUUGCGAUUGUAUCGACAUGAUAGUUGUCACUAACUCAUUCCCUAUUCCACCAGAAAAAGCAAAAGAUGCAAAGAAGUUGCAAAUCUUAGAUUUAUCAAAGUUACUCUCCGAGGCCAUCAGAAGGAAUCAUUAUGGAGAAUCUAUUUCUGCUCUUUUCACACAUUCUAGCGAUUAG